AUGGCAUUAAGCUUUUUUGACCAAUUUAUAUCUCCAAAUUUUUUAGGAAUUCCGCUGAUUGCUAUGGCCAUUGCCCUCCCAUGGACCCUCUAUCCAACACCAUCAACUCGAUGAUUAAGCAACCGACUACUAACCCUUCAAAACUGAUCAAUCAACCGAUUUACUCAACAGCUUCUUCUGCCUUUAAAUCAAGAGGGGCACAAAUGAGCCGCCCUAUUGGCCUCCUUAAUAAUUUUCCUGCUAUCACUAAAUAUACUAGGCCUCCUUCCAUACACCUUCACCCCCACCACACAACUAUCUCUCAACCUAGGUCUCGCAGUCCCCCUGUGACUCGCAACAGUAAUUAUUGGAAUGCGAAACCGACCAACCCACGCCCUAGGCCACCUUCUCCCAGAGGGAACCCCCUCCCUGCUAAUUCCAAUCCUAAUUAUCAUCGAAACAAUCAGUCUCCUCAUCCGUCCAAUUGCUCUCGGAGUCCGACUAACAGCCAAUCUCACAGCAGGACACUUACUAAUUCAACUCAUCGCCACCGCUUCUUUUGUCCUCCUUCCACUAAUACCAACGGUGGCCGUCCUGACAACUGCCCUACUGUUUUUACUCACCCUCCUUGAAGUGGCCGUUGCUAUAAUUCAAGCUUAUGUCUUCGUCUUACUUCUGAGCCUCUACCUACAAGAAAACGUAUAA